AUGGCGUCCCCGACAUCCUACCCGUCUUCGUACCCGGCUGGCAUCUUUGUGGUCCGCUCCAAACAACAACUGGCGCCUCUUGUGGCGCGGCUGCGCGCGACCCGACGGCUAAAGCCAGGGCGUAAUGUGACUGAGUUUGACGGCGAGCACUUUGCUGAGUUGGCGGAGGCGCCGGGGAUCAGGCUACCGGUGAGCGCGCCUGCAAUGCAUGGGGGUGGCACAGUCAACAGAAAAGAAGCUCAGGCAGGCAGCGCUAAUGUGGAGGCGGCGUGCGGCCUGAGGGGGACGUUGAUGUAUCUUCGUGAGACAACCGAGGCCGAAGCAGCGGAGUUUGAGAUGUCCACUCAAGCAGGGAAGAGGAGGGGACUUUCUGGCAGCGAUGGCAUCACUAUACCUCUGCUCACAAGCUUCUCCACGUCCAAGCUGCAUUCGACGAGUAUGCGCGCAGCUGGCUCAGGGGCGACGAGUGAACGGUGUGUGAUUAUCACAGCGUGCGACUCUGUCCAAGGUGAGGAGUUCCUUUCGCUGCUGCGCGUCCCUUAUGAUGAACGUGCAGGGGCACGAUGGCCACCGUACAUGGCGGUACACGUAGUCGGCGCGUUUGCGGAGGCAGAGCUUCGCGAACUUCUCUCCCCGGGUGGAUCGAAUGGCGGCAGCAGCACCGGAACCGACGGUUGUGGCGGAAACGAGUGGAUGGAAUCCUCUGUGCCAGUGGCUUACAUCCGGGGUAUCCGGCGGUUUCACCGCGUGUGCUGCCCAGUGCUAGCAGAGAUGCCAUCUGCACUUGCAGCGAUGCGGCGCACAGCAUUGCUGCAGCGCCAUCAUCGCCUCGCCCAAUGUGAUGAGGUUGCCAGCGACAGCACGUGUCCACCGCCAUCACUGCAAGGGGCCACGCCAUUGCUAGCAGCCGCCCACCUUCAACCCAGUAGUUCUCCACCGGUUGGUCUCUCUCAAGACUCCGACGCCGCCUGCGCGCCGUUAUUCACCUUCUCCGAGUUGUUUUGCGGCAUCGGCAUGUUCCGCAGUGGUCUGGAGCGUGUCGGUGGUCGUGCUGCUUUCGCUGUCGAUUUUGCGCCUCCUGCGCAGAUCGUCUACGCACUCAACCACCGCUGUUUGCACGAUUGCCCAGCCGCGCUGCAGCUGCCUAACGCGACGCUGAACGGUCCCCGAGAGGACACCGGAGGCUCACUCACUCCAAGCAGCAGUAGCAGCAGCGGGACUAGAUUGACGGCUGCCGCUUCCGCAGUAGCUUGCCAACAUGCCGAGACAGAGGGAAGCUCUCUUGAUGCCACUGCGUGUUCUGUGCCGCCCCUCGUCGGCAAUAUCACCGAGAUUCCUAACGCCUUCUUUCCCACGCACGACGUGCUCACCGGCGGCUUUCCAUGCCAGAGCUUCGCGAAGGCUGGCGACGCUGCAGGGUUGCACGCAGAGAAGGGGUGGUUGUUCUAUGAGGUGGUGCGGGUGGUGGCCGCCACUCAGCCGACAGCGUUCUUGCUGGAGAAUGUGGAUCAUCUUAUCGAGGUCGAGGCUGGCGCGCAGCUCGCUGAGAUCCUUGCCCGACUCCGCCACCCGACGUCGUCCUUGGCCGCGCCAACCGUUGAGGAUGUCGCCGUGGAGUACGAAGUGCAGUACGUGGUCGUGGAUGGCGGUGCCCUAACACCGCAGACACGCAAACGGGUGUACUUCUUCGGUUUCAAGGUUGCCUCAGCUCUGGUGCCGGUCCGUGAGGCAUCCCUUGGCUAUUCCCUCUCUCCGUUCACCCUGCCUCGUGCUGACGAUGGGGAGGCACGCGCAACUGCCGCCCGAGUGAUCACUGAUGCCCUUCAGCGAAUCAAGGUGGCUUCUCUUGACUCCCCAUACCGCAGUGUCCAGGAGUUGCUCGUGCACCCCUCCACUGUUAACGCGUCGCGCUUAGCACCACAAAGUCGCUCAAUGCGGGAUGAGCCAACUGGCACGUCAGGCGGGGCGAAGAGUCCUUCCCCAAGCUCAGCACACAGCGACCUUCAGCUGACCCACGCACAAUGGGAGGCCGUACGGCGCAGUCGCACGUACCGGCAGAACCCGCUGUGGAGGCUGUGUGACCUGCAGGGGCGGGCUCGCACCCUGCUGGGCAGCUACCGCACGAGUUAUCAGCUCUACUCAGAGUUUGUGCCUUCAUCACCAGAGCUGACUCAGGAUGAGGUCGCUGCGAUGCUACUGGAGGGGAUGUCGCUGAGGCCAGGGGGUGACGCCGCUGAUGCACGCGCUGGCGGUCCAGAGGGGUCGGCAAUGCCGGCUCCAGCGCCUCCACCACUACGUUUCUUUGCGUUACGCGAGUGCGCGCGCUUGCAAGGAAUCGAGGAUGGUUUUCUUCUUCCCCACGACACAACACAGAUCCCGUCAAGCGCUGAUGCUGGUGCUAUUCCUGCCGCAGUGCUCCGCCAGGUACCCUCCGGUGCCGUGUACAAGCUGAUCGGCAAUGCAGUCAACCCACGAGUUGUGGCAUGCUUGGGCGGCGCCAUCGCAUCCUACCUGCAAGAACGACGCUGCUGA